AAAAUGGGCCAGAAUCUCUUUCACUUUUGAAGAACAGUUUCCGAGCUGAGAAGCCUUAUUCAAGGACACACACUCCAGUGGGCCUCAUAGAGAAGCAGGGUCUCUGCUAUCAAUUCUGAUAAAACACCCAUUCCCAGAACAGAAGUACAUGGUAGAGACACGAAGGCACUGGUCUCUUACUUGCAACAACAGAAGAAAGUCUUGAAGCAAUAAGAGCACAGACUGCUCAGAGAAGCAGUAUCUGAGGGCUCUGUUACCAUGGAAAAAUCUCAAUCCAAGCAGAAAAGUAACACAAAGGUAGCUCAGUAUGAAGGUCAAGAGGAAGUGGACCCCACCUUCAAAACAAAGAAACAUACAGAGGUGGAGCUGAUAAAGCACAGAGUCAAGUCAGAGAGGAGGGACUUGAAGCUAGGAAUAUUUCCAGAAGUAUGUAUGAAGCAAGAAGGAGAGACUCUUUAUCCCACAAGGUCAUUAAAAAGGGACAAUUUGUUCCAAAAUUUUACAAACAUACUGCUCUUCCAAAAAUUGUGCUCAAAAGUCUCAGAGAACUUGACCAGGAAACACUGGCAUCCAUGUGUACCAGAAGAAGAAGGACAUAUGAUUGAGAUCCAAGACUUAUUUGGCCAAAGCAUAGAUACCCAGAAAAAGCCUCAAUUAGUCAUAAUAGAGGGAGCUGCUGGGAUUGGGAAGUCAAUACUGGCCAGGCUGGUGAGGAGAGCCUGGAAGGAAGGUCAGCUCUACAGGGAUCGCUUCCAGCAUGUCUUCUUCUUCAGCUGCAGAGAGCUGGCCCAGAGCAAGCAGCUGAGUCUGGCUGAGCUCAUAGCACAAGGCCAGGAUAUGCCCAAAGCUCCCAUCAGUGAGGUCCUGUCUCACCCUGAGAAGCUGCUAUUCAUUCUAGAUGGCAUAGAUGAGCCAGCAUGGGUUUUGGAGGACAAGAAUCCUAAGCUAUGUCUGCAUUGGAGUCAAAUACAGCCUGUGGACACACUGCUAGGCAGUUUGCUGGGGAAAUCUGUCCUUCCUGAGGCUUCCUUUCUGCUUACAGCUCGGGACUCAGAUCUACAGAAGAUCAUUCCUUCUUUGGCACAGCUAUAUCAGGUGCAAGUCCUAGGAUUUACUGAGUUUGAACGAGAGGACUACUUCUACAAAUAUUUUGCAAGAGAAAGAGAUGCAACUACUGCUCUUAUAUUGGUUAAAUCUAACCCUGUGCUCCUGACUCUGUGUGAGGUUCCCUGGGUGUGCUGGUUGGUCUGCACUUGCCUGAAAAUGCAGAUGGAGCAGGGUGGAGUACUCUCACUGACCUCACAGACGACCACCACUCUUUGUCUGAAAUACCUUGACCUGACAAUCCCAGGUCAGCACCUAAGGACCCAGCUCAGAGCCCUUUGCUCACUGGCUGCUCAGGGGAUCUGCCAAAGAAGGACCCUGUUCAAUGAAAGCGACCUCUGUAAGCAAGGAUUAGCAGAGGAUGCCAUUGCCACUUUCCUGAAGAUUGGUGUCCUUCAAAAGCAGCCCAGCUCUCUGAGCUACAGCUUUGCCCACUUGUGUCUCCAGGAGUUCUUUGCAGCAAUGUCCUACAUCUUACAGGAUAGUGAGGAAAGACAUGGUGAUAUGGAAAAUGACAGAAUUGUGGAAACUCUGGUAGAACGGUAUGGAAGACAAAACCUGUUUGAGGCACCCACUGUGCACUUCCUAUUUGGUCUUUUGAGUAAAGAGGGAUUGAAGGAAAUGGAAAAGUUCUUCUCCUGUAGCCUUCCUGGGAAGGCAAAAUUGAGACUACUAUGGCACAUUCUAGGGAAAUCCCAACCCCAUCAACCACAUUGUCUGGGUUUGCUCUACUGUCUUUAUGAAAAUCAGGAAAUGGAGCUCCUGACAGACAUGACACACAAUCUUCAAGGUACAAUUGUGCCUAGCCCAAAUGACAUUGCACACACAUUGUUCCAAACAAACGAGAAUCACUUGGUGAUACAGACAGAUAUGGAACUCAUGGUGGUCACUUUCUGCAUUCAGUUCUGCUAUCAUGUGAGGAGUCUUCAGCUGAAUAUGGAAAGACAGCAAGGAUAUGAGCUGAAAGCCCCAAGGAUGGUUCUGUGCAGGUGGACCCCAAUUACUGAUGCCAGUUGGAAGAUUUUCUUCUCCAAUCUUAAAUUCACCAGAAACCUAGAGGAACUGGACCUAAGUGGAAAUCCAUUGAGCUACUCUGCAGUACGCAGUCUUUGUAAGGCACUGAGACAGCCUGGCUGCCAAUUAAAGACCUUAUGGCUUGUCGAAUGUGACCUCACAUCCACACACUGCUCACUCCUGGCCAAAGUGCUCAGUGUUCGCUCCAGCCUGACUGAGCUAGACCUGCAGCUGAAUGACCUGGGUGAUGAUGGUGUGAGGCUGCUGUGUGAGGGGCUCAGGAAUCCUGCCUGCAACCUCAGCAUCCUGCGGCUGGACCAGGCCUCUCUCAGUGACCAGGUGAAUACAGAGCUCAGGACCCUGGAGGCAAGGAAUCAGAAGCUGCUUAUCUCUAGCACAUGGAUGCCACACAUGAUGGUCCCCACUGAGAACAUGGAUGAAGACGAUAGCCUUACCUCAUUCGACCAGCAGAGACAACGGUCAGGAGACAAGCAAAUACAACUUCAGGGAACUGAAGAUGACUUCUGGGGACCUACAGGACCUGUAGCUACUGAGGUGGUUGACAGAGAAAGGAACCUGUACCGAGUUCAAUUGCCCAUGGCUGGUUUCUACCACUGUCCCAGCACAGGACUCCACUUUGUGGUGACAAGGGCAGUGACAAUCGAGAUUGAAUUCUGUGCCUGGAGCCAAUACCUGGACAAGGCUACCCUGAAACACAGUCACAUGGUGGUUGGACCUCUAUUUGACAUUAAGGCUGAGCAAGAAGCUGUGACUGCAGUGUACCUCCCUCAUUUUGUGUCCCUCCAAGACACAAAGGCAAGCUCAUUUGACUUCAAGGUGGCCCACUUUCAAGAACAUGGGAUGGUUUUAGAAACGCCAGAUAGGGUGAAGCAUCGCUACACCAUACUGAAAAACCCAAGCUUCUCCCCAAUGGGAGUUGUACUGAGAAUAAUCCCUGUUGCCCGGCGCUUUAUCCCCAUCACUUCCAUCACACUGAUCUACUAUCACUUCAAUCUAGAAGAAGUCACCCUUCACCUCUACCUAAUCCCCAAUGACUGCACCAUUCAGAAGGCUAUUGAUGAUGAAGAGAUGAAGUUUCAGUUUGUGAGAAUAAAUAAACCACCCCCAGUAGACAAUCUUUACAUUGGCUCCCGCUAUAUCAUCUCUGGUUCUGAGAAGCUGGAAAUCAAUCCAAAGGAACUAGAGCUGUGCUACAGGAGCAGCAAGGAAUUCCAGCUCUUCUCUGAGAUCUACGUUGGACACAUGCGUUCAGAGAUUAAGCUGCAAAUCAAAGACAAGAAGCACAUGCAACUCAUAUGGGAGGCCUUGCUGAAACCAGGAGACCUCAGACCUGCACUGCCCAGGAUUGCUCCAGCCUCCAAAGAUGCUCCUUCCUUGCUACACUUUGUGGACAAGCAUCGGGAGCAACUGGUAGCCCGAGUGACAUCAGUGGAUCCUCUAUUGGACAAGCUUCACAGCCUGGUGCUGAGCGAAGAUUCCUAUGAGGCAGUGAGGGCUGAGACCACAAACCAAGACAAGAUGAGGAAGCUCUUCAGCUUCAGCCGGUCCUGGAGUCAAGCCUGCAAAGACCAAUUCUACCAAGCUCUGAAGGAGACCCAUCCUCACCUGAUCAUGGACCUCCUUGAGAAGUCAGGCAGGGUUUCUUUGGGAUCCUGACAUCUUAGUAGUUGAAGGGUGAGCACUCUCCUUAGAGUCCUGGCUCUGCUUGAACUUCCUUUGCUCCUUAAUUUCUCCAUCUGUAACCAGUAGCCAUGUGAGUUUCCUUUCUGAUGGCACUGUUUCCAAGACACCUCCUGGGGAUCCAGACAUUCCCCCUUGGCUUCUCUAGCCAGAUGGUUAUGUGAGUUUAGCAUCUAAAAAAACACCCAGUGGGGCCAGUAAGUUUAUUUGUCCAUUGUCCAGCCAGCUCUGAUAAUCAGAGUGGCCAGACUCAAGCCAACCUGACCCACCAUUAUUCAAGCAGGAUGGGGAUUUUGAAAAUGGAAGCAAAGCAAUGAUAGUUCUCCAUAGAAAGUAUCUUAUGAAUAGGAAAGGAAUGGGGCUUUUUAAACUCAUGCUGUGUGCUCAGAAACAGAGGUGUAAAUAAGUCACAUGAUGCAGCACGGGACUCACUGCCAGAAACACCUCAGAUUCAGUGCACAUUGUGAAUUAAUCUUGAACAGUUCAUAUGCACACGUCUUCUGUUCUUGUGAUGAAUUUGCAAGCCUCACAUUUAGUUGCAUUAUCCCAUAUGAAGGUGUAAAUUGCAGUUUAAGAAACUGAUGUGUGAUGGUAGACCAGAUGACUGAACAGAAGGCUCAGUGGUUAAGAGCUGCUCUUGGAAACGGUCAGAAUUCCUACUCUCAGCCACCACUUCAGGUAUCUCACAACUGUGUAACACCAUGUCCACAGAUUCAACAUCUUAUUUUGUACUUAAUAGUUACCCAUACACAGAUGCACAUUCAAUCACACACACAUUUUUUUUUAAAUCUUUAUAAGAGAAAGACAAAAUGGGAAUCCUCUCCACUGCUUACUCAUCUCCCAGAGGAAUUAUCUCACCAAAACUCAUAGUUGGACUUGAGGCUUACAAUGCUAUGUUCUUGGCUUGGAACACAGCCCUACCAGUCUCUUACCCCAGGUUACCCAGUUUUCUCUCUGUAUUAUGUUUCUGCAUCUUUCUCUGCCAUGCCCAUGGACAGAACAGUUGGCCAGCUUCUUAGUGUUUCCCAUCUUUUCUUCUUGACUCUGGUCACACUAGCUCUGCUGUGGGGAUCUCUGCACCCUGCUUCUCCUUAUCUUUUUGAAUACAGUAUUUUCCUCAUUCUAACUCCUGCUCUUACUCAGCCCAGAUGUCUUACUCAGAAUGCUCCAUGGUUUUAUUGAAUAAUUCCAACUUCUGAGCUUCAUUUCUGUGAUAUUGAUUUUAUGUAGAAUAUAGAAAUAAACUAAAUGAAUAAGGCAAUGACAAAUAAAGCCAAGAUUUUUAAAUGUAUAUGGCAGAUAUGACACACUGGGCUGUCAUACAAGAUUCUUAAAUCUGUAUGACAGACAUGAGACAUUGGAAUGUCAAUCAAGGUUCUUAAACAUGUGUGACAGCUUAUUUGUAAAUAAGUAAAAAUACUAAAAUAUCAGUAGUUAAUAUACUUUUUAUACAAUGAGCAUCUUAAAGGAAAUAUAUUUGAUUUAAUGAAUUAUUGAUAUUAAAAUAAGUUCCCAUCACUUUCUUUAUCUUCUUACUGCAAUGCAAGGUCACUAAGUACUCUGUCUGACCCAUGUCUCCAUACUAAUUUGGUUAGGAUGGGCUGAGACACAAGCCCUGACAAAAACAGACUUUCUGUGGUCAACAGCAAAUCUGCACUGAAACAGCCUCUAUAACCAAGGUUCUCAACUUGGCUCCUCCAGAGGACAAGCUGCCUAGAAUUUGGUUUGGCCUGUUGCUUCAGUCAGAUAAUGGACAUUUGCAUAUAAAAGAGUACUAGUGAAUAGAAUAUCUCAGUAUUAAAUUUUCUUGCAACAAAUAUUAUUAUUCUUUCUCUGGGCUCUGUGUCUAAGGAUGUGAUCUAUAGCCUGCACUGUUGGUGUCUCCUCAAUACAAACAAUGAUGUGGUGCCAGCAAGAGACAUCUGAAACUUCAGAAAGUGCUGGAUCUUUUAAUAAGUUCAAAGGGAUAAUAAAUAUUUAGAAAUGGAGACUUUAAAGUACAUGUACAUCUAACAUAAACCAAUAAUUUGAAAGAAAUACACUUUCUAUACUGAAAGAAGUGUAUUGACAUGUUUACAUGUUGUGUUAAUGAUAACUAAACCCAAUUAUAACAAUAAAUUUCUUGAAACAGAA